AUGAGUGUGCGCGGCAAGCAAGUGCAGAACGGUACCUAUGAGUUCGAUUAUAUGCGAGUACCCGAUACCAGGACGCGCUGGGAGGUACUACGCGACGGUAUCUACAAUUCUCAGGAGGGAACGUACUGCGGCCAUCCGCCGAAAAAAUGGGGUUACACUCUGAUCUUCUACACUUGCUUCUUCGCCGGACUGGCGAUACUCUUCAGUAUUUGCAUGAAAGGUAUGCUCGCUACGUUGAGCUACCAGAAGCCGAAGUGGACCUUAAAAGAUAGCCUGAUCGGUACCAAUCCAGGUUUGGGGUUCCGGCCGAUCUCAGACAACGCCGACGAGAGAUCGCUCGUGUGGUACAACGCAUCGAACGCGAGCGAGGUGCAGAAAUGGACGCGACUCUUGGAUCAGUUUUUGGAACAAUACAUCGAUCCGACGCGCUUGCCGGACGGCGGCAGAAACCAGCAGAUCUGCAACUACACCAUGCCGGCGAAGAAGGGCAACGUGUGCGCGGUAGACGUGAACAAUUGGGGACCGUGUUCGCCGAGUCGACAAUACGGCUUCAACAAUUCAGCGCCUUGUAUCUUCAUCAAGCUCAACAGGAUAUAUGGAUGGAUACCUGAUUACUACAACGACACCGAGAACUUGCCGAGUGAAAUGCCGGAGACGCUCGUCCAGUACAUAAAGUCAGUCAACACUUCAUGGCUGAAUACGGUAUGGGUGUCCUGCAAGGGGGAAAAUCCUCAUGACAAUGAGAACAUUGGCGAACUGAACUAUUAUCCGAAAGGAUCCCAUGGAUUUCCGGGAUUCUACUACCCGUACGAGAACCUUCCCGGAUAUCUGAGUCCGGUGGUCGCCGUUCAUUUCCUUCGGCCGGAAAGAAACCUCAUCAUCAACGUGGAAUGCCGGGCAUGGGCGAAGAACAUCAAAUAUAGCUCAUACAGAUCCGAAAAGAAGGGUGCGGUACACUUCGAGUUGAUGGUCGACGAGUGA